AGGUACUGCUGGCAGCUGGCUCGGUGCCUGGAGCGGCGUUCUUAGUCGUUCCAUUUUCAUUUCCGAUGUAGCCGAAUCCUGUUGCGAUCUCAGCACCAUGUCCUUCCUGAGCAGCUCGCCUUCCUACAGUUCGCUCACCGGCUUCGAGGAUGAACUCCCAGCCGACAACCUGGUCCUGUUCGAGGUCGCCUGGGAGGUGGCGAAUAAAGUGGGUGGUAUCUAUACUGUCAUCCAAACCAAAACCAAAUUGACAGUAGAUCAGCUUGGAGAGAAUUAUAUUCUGAUUGGGCCCUACUUUGAGAACAGCGUCAAAACACAAGUGGAGCUGAUUGAGCCACCGAACUUGGCGAUUAAACAAACUAUUGAUUGUAUGAACUCCAGAGGCUGCAAGGUCUAUUUUGGCAGAUGGUUGAUUGAUGGAAGUCCGUAUGUAGUCCUGUUAGAUAUUGGUGCUUCUAGUUGGAAUCUCGAUCAGUGGAAGACAGAACUGUGGGACUCUUGCAAUAUUGGAAUUCCCUGGUUUGACAAGGAAGCCAAUGAUGCAGUGCUCUUUGGGUUUCUCACCACGUGGUUCUUGGGAGAAUUUGCAGCCCAGUCGGAAGGUGAGAACUUCAUCCUUGCUCAUUUCCAUGAAUGGCUGUCAGGAGUUGGUCUGGUUUUGUGUCGUAUUCGGAAACUACCUGUUGCAACAAUUUUUACAACUCACGCAACGUUAUUGGGACGCUACCUCUGUGCUGGCAAUGUUGAUUUUUACAAUAGUCUGAAAAAUUUUGAUGUUGAUAAAGAGGCUGGUUCAAGGCAGAUUUACCAUCGGUACUGUAUGGAGCGAGCUGCUGUUCACUGUGCCCAUGUAUUCACCACAGUGUCUGAGAUAACUGCCAUGGAGGCAGAGCAUCUACUGAAACGCAAACCAAAUGUGGUCACUCCCAAUGGACUCAACAUAAAGAAGUUCUCUGCUAUGCAUGAGUUCCAGAACCUACAUGCACGCAGUAAAAGUCACAUCCAGGAGUUUGUCCGGGGCCACUUCUAUGGAUGCCUGAACUUUGACUUGGAUAAGACCUUGUUUGUUUUCAUCGCAGGAAGAUAUGAGUUUUCAAAUAAAGGUGCUGACAUAUUUCUGGAAGCGCUGGCUCGUCUAAAUUAUCUGCUCAAGGCAAACCGAAGUGAAGUAACAGUGGUUGCGUUUUUCAUCAUGCCUGCAAGGACCAAUAACUUCAAUGUGGAAACACUUAAGGGGCAAGCAGUACGAAAACAACUUUGGGACACAGCCAAUGUGAUCAAAGAAAAAUUCGGCAAAAAGCUUUAUGAGUCCCUCUUGGAAGGCGAUAUGCCCAAUAUAAACUCCAUUUUGGAUCGGGAGGACUUCACUCUGAUGAAGAGAGCCAUAUAUGCCACUCAGCGACGUUCAUUGCCUCCUAUUUGUACACACAACAUGCUGGAUGAUGCUAAUGAUCUCAUUCUCAAGGCAGUCCGAAGGAUUGGGUUGUUUAAUAGCAUGAGUGACAGAGUUAAGGUCAUCUUUCAUCCUGAGUUCCUGUCGUCCACGAGUCCAUUGCUUCCUUUGGAUUAUGAGGAGUUUGUACGUGGCUGCCAUUUGGGUGUGUUUCCUUCUUAUUAUGAGCCAUGGGGAUAUACUCCUGCGGAGUGCACGGUGAUGGGAAUCCCUAGCAUCACCACCAACUUAUCAGGCUUUGGAUGCUUUAUGCAGCAACACAUUGCUGACCCAGCAGCAUACGGGAUUUACAUCCUUGAUCGUCGUUUUAGAUCGCUGGAUGACUCGUGCAAUCAACUAACCUCGUUCAUCUACAGCUUCUGUCAACAGAGUCGUCGACAGCGCAUAAUUCAGAGGAAUCGCACGGAGCGCCUCUCAGAUCUGCUGGACUGGAAGUAUCUAGGAAGGUAUUAUGUACACGCAAGACAGUUGGCGUUAGCAAAGGCUUUUCCGGAUUCCUUUACAUCUUCACAGUGGGAACCUGAGGUGAGUGAAGGUUUCUGCUAUCCAAGGCCUGCCUCCAAACCACCAUCCCCUGCUACCUCUCUUCAUUCCAGCCCCUACCACAGUGAAACAGAGGAAGAUGAAGAGCGAUAUAAUGAAGAAGAAGAAGCAGAAAAAGACCGAAUGAACAUAAAGCCAAUUGCUAUGAUCAAUUCAAAAUUAGAGAAGAGGAGGGUGAGGAAAAAGAGCCAGACUAGUGAGCCUACAUCACCAGGAAGCCUUAACCACAGCUCUAGUGACCCUGAAAACCACAGUGACUUGGGGAUAGAUGAAAGGAACUAGAACCACAUUAGAAAUUAUUAAUGAUAACCACUGGGCAGCCAUAUUUUAACAACUCCAAAACUGGUUGUGGUGAUUGGGAAGGUUAAGAAUGUAGAUAGAGGACGGGAUCAUGACUUGAGUUUCAAUGUUUGCUUUUGACUAGUAUGGAAGAAUUACUUAAAAUGAUAGCCUCAACGCUUAAUGCUUCCAAAUCAUAAGACUUAGAAGUAAUGACAGACAAACUGCACUUUGGCAAGUCUAGCCUGAGGUUUUGAAUAGAUUGUCCAGACAUUUCUUACUGUCUGUUCAAAAACAGGAUGAGUGGCAACCCAAAAUAGUCAGAUUGCUUUAGAGAUUGCAUACCCAGAGAGAUAUAGUUAGUUGAACAAAAUCUGCACGAAUGCCUUUGUUGCACAUCUUUUCUGUAUAAAUUAACGUCACCACAUGUCAUUACCUGUUCACAGUUGAUGAUACAUUUGAAAUAGAUAUUUCAGCAAGUAGAACAUAAUCCUUGGAAAACAUACAGAUGCUUAGUUGCAAAGUUGUAUUGAAGAGUUUAAAAUAUUGCACGUUACUUAAAACAAAUUUUACUCUAGAAUGAAUAACCAUCAUCUGAACUCUAAAUUGAAAUUCAGUAACUCAGAAGCCUCCCUGUAAGUAGUUCUGUUUUAGUUAUGCACCUACUCUCAUUAUAAGGCUGUGGUUUAUGUGUUAUUGCAAUCAGGUGAAAAAUUUUGCAAAAUGAGUUUGAUGACUAAAUGUAUCUUUUAAGAUUUUUAAAGGAAUGGUGCUCCUUUCAUAUUUUAAUAUCACAAAUAAGUGAAAAAUAUUAAGGUACUUCAUUUGUUCCAUUUUAUUCAGAUACAAAGUUAAUUCACGAAGAAAUUGUGUUUUUUAUUAAUGAGCCGAGUGAACUUGCCCAUGCCUCCCUGUUAGACUUCUCUCAGAACACCAGCAACCUGGAGUAACACCACCAAAAUCAUUUGGGGCUGUAACAUUGUACAGUCUUGAGGGCCUGUCUGGUGAUGCCUGAUCUUGAAAUAUUUUCUUCUUCCUCUCAUUCCCAACGUAAAAUAACUGACCAACAAAUGCGGAUGUAAAUGUCAGCAAUUUUCUCUUGGAUACAGUCAUAGGAGAGCACCAAAGUUUGUAGGGCAAUACACAGAAUUGGAGGAUGGAAAGUCUUUUCAAAUCGGACACAGCACUUUUAACAAGAAAAUUGGACCUUUAGCUUCUUUUGCUCUCUAAAUUUAGAGAGGCAAGAACUGUUGUUUUCCAAAUCUUGGAACUCUAAAAUUUGGAAAUUAUGAAAUAUUCUGUUUCAGUGAUAAUUUUCCAUUGUGGACACCUUGAUGACAGCUUUCACUCCUCCCUGAAUCUGCAGUUUCUCCGGUUUGGUUUGUGUGUAUUUUCUUUGUUGAAAGUAAACUUGGAAAAUGAUAAUGCAUUAGCAUGUUCUAAGUGAUAGUGAAUGGUGAAACCAUGCACCAAUGGUUAUUUUAAAAGCAUGCAAAUAAAACAAAGUACUUUUUUA